GCCGCUGGGGGGCAGCAGCGCCGCGUCGGGCCGGGCCACGAUUGCGCAUGCGUGCUGUGCUCGCCGGGAGGAAGAUGGCGGACACGGGAGAGAGGAGGAAGGUGCCACUUGUCCCAGAGAAUCUGCUGAAGCGACGGAAGGCUUACCAGGCUAUCAAAGCUACCCAAGCCAAAUAUGCCUUGCAGGAAAAGCGAAAGCUUCAGAAAGGGAAGAAGAUUCGGUUUAAACGAGUUGAGAAUUUCAUAAAAGACUCCCGGCGGAAAUACCGGGAUGAGGUUCGAUUUGUUCGGAUGGUAAAGAAGCCUAAUUGGAACGAUGUGCCUGAGGGCCAGAAGCUGGCCUUUGCCGUGCGGAUCAGACAGAUUCAUGGGGUCAGUCCUAAAGUGCGGAAAGUUGUUGAAAUGUUGAGACUCCGACAACUCUACAGUGGAACAUUUGUGAAAUUGAACAAGACGUCAUUGAGGAUGCUGAAGGUGGUGGAGCCCUAUGUUGCUUGGGGGAUUCCGAAUUUAAAAUCUAUCCGUGAACUUAUUUUGAAACGUGGUCAAGCAAAAGUCAACAAGAAACGCGUGCCUCUAACCGACAACUCGAUCAUCGAACAACACCUAGGAAAGUUGGGAUUGAUUUGUCUUGAGGAUCUGAUAUGUGAGAUUUACACCGUGGGAAAAUCCUUCAAGGAGGCCAGCAACUUCCUCUGGCCCUUCAGGCUGUCAGUAGCUCGACAUGCAGCAAGGAAUAAGGUGGGAUUUCUCAACGAAUUUGGACAGACCGGGAACCGUGGAACAGGAAUCAACAAACUCAUCCGUCAGCUCAAUUAAAGGUCCCUUGUGGAUUCAUGGCCUAGUGUAGGAAUUGCUCACCUAUACUGUGUAUAGUAAACUUCUACAGACUGAUAUUCAGCUCUAAGAUGUUCUUAUCUCAGUCAUAAUGGAAGCCAAAAUCAUCAGCAGAGACCAUCUCGCAGAUGAUGCGGAUGACCCAGGGGUGGAGGCUGGGUUUUGUUCUUCAGCCAUUUUGUUCUGGCGAAGAAAGCAUCAACCAUAUAGAAAUAGAAACAUUUACAAUCUGAGCUUAUUGGAAGCAGACUUUGUUCACUUGAGAUAUGCAUCAAACCUGUCAAUGGAUUUUAAUUUUGUUAAAUGUUGAAUGAUUGACAAAAAAAUGAUUCACAAAUCAA